AUGCACUAUGGUCUCCCCCAGACUCCUCCACCAAACCAGUAUGCAACAGCUCCUGCAAACUACGGAUUACCUCCACAAUCCUAUCCAGUUGCCCCUCAAUACGCCAUCCCAAUGACCUCUUAUGCAAUUCCUCGUUACGCCGUCGCCCCCUCCUACGCAGUUCCUUAUCCAACACCUCCAGCUUAUGUAAGACCUCCACCAGUGUACGUGACACCUCCACCAACUACAACAACUACGACUACGACGAUUCCACCACCAAAAUGUUUCCAAAACACGCAUGGAUACAAGUGUUGUAAUAGAGCGUUGGAUCAGUUCUUGGAUCAAAAAGUUGUUGAGAUGCAGAAACCAGAGUGGCAGAGGUGUAACCUUCAACGAUUUGCAACACAGCUUCAGCAAGAAACUCAAAUGAUGUUUAACCACUCAAUGGAAGCUAUUGUUGCUAGUGGAGAUAUGGAGAACCUUUCCCAAUACAGAGGAGAUCUUUAUUGCAAAAAGAGAAGUCUUGAUGGAAAGGUAGUCCUCAUCUAUGGCUCAGCUGUCCCAUACGCAUUGGAUGCCGGUGUCACCCGACCAAUGAAUGAUGAUGAGUUACGAAUGGCUAACUAUCCAGCGAAAUACGAAGAGAUCGGAGUGCAUGAUGGACAUGAAGAAAAUAUUUGGUUUUAG